UGCCUAAAACCGGAAGUUCCUCUGAGACAUGCUGCAGGUUUCCGGGCGUGAGCUGAAUUCGGAUUCCAUGUGGGAGCUGCUGUGAAGAGUUGUAAACUUCCCGGUUGUACCCAAAUCUCGAGCUCCGGGUGGGGUGGAGAACAGAACCGGCUGGCGUGGCUGCGGGACGCGGCGGUGACCCGGGGAAAGGAAAUCUGGCGUGAAGGAUGACGUCCUUAGCCCAGCAGCUCCAGCGUCUUGCCCUCCCUCAAAGUGACCCCAGCCUCUUAUCUAGAGAUGUAGUUGCCUCUCUGUUGUUUGACCCCAAGGAAGCGGGUACUGUCGACAGGGACACGGCCUUUGCCAUCGGAUGCACUGGUCUAGAGGAACUACUUGGAAUUGAUCCUGCCUUUGAGCAAUUUGAGGCACCGUUGUUCAGCCAGCUAGCAAAAACCUUGGAGCGCAGCGUUCAGACCAAAGCAGUGAACAAACAGCUGGAUGAAAACAUUUCAUUAUUCCUUAUUCACUUGUCCCCUUACUUCCUGCUUAAGCCAGCACAGAAGUGUCUGGAGUGGUUGAUUCACAGGUUCCAUAUUCAUCUCUAUAAUCAAGAUAGCCUCAUUGGUUGUGUUCUACCGUACCACGAGACAAGAAUAUUUGUACGGGUGAUACAGCUUCUGAAACUUAAUAAUUCAAAGCACAAAUGGUUCUGGUUGUUACCAGUUAAGCAAUCUGGAGUGCCUUUAGCUAAAGGAACUUUGGUCACCCACUGCUACAAAGAUCUUGGAUUCAUGGAUUUCAUUUGUAGUCUGGUGACCAAAUCUGUGAAGGCUUUUGCUGAGUAUCCAGGAAGUGCAGCCCAGUUGAGGGUGCUCUUGACUUUUUAUGCUUCUACCAUUGUGACUGCUCUAGUAGCCACUGGGGACAUAUCAGACAAUGUUAUUGCCAAAUUGUUUCCAUAUAUCCAAAAGGGAUUGAAAUCAUCUUUACCAGAUUACAGAGCUGCAACAUACAUGAUAAUAUGUCAGAUUUCUGUGAAAGUUACAAUGGAAGAUACCUUUGUUAAUUCGCUGGCAUCACAGAUCAUCAAGACUUUGACCAAAGUUCCCUCUUUGGUCAAGGAUGGAUUAGGUUGCUUGAUAGUUCUCCUGCAGAGACAGAAGCCAGAAAGUCUUGGGAAAAAGCCGUUUCCCCACUUGUGUAAUGUUCCUGACCUUAUUGAAAUCCUUCGUGGGAUUUCUGAAACAUAUGAUGUCAGUUCUCUUCUGAGGUACAUGCUUCCCCAUCUAGUUGUCUCCGUGAUUCAUCAUGUUACAGGAGAAGAAAUGAUGGAAGGGAUGGAUGGUCAAAUUUACAAGAGACACCUAGAAGCUAUACUUACAAAAAUACCACUGAAGAACAAGUUAGACCAUUUGUUGGCUAGUCUUCUUUUUGAAGAAUAUAUUUCAUAUAGUUCACAGGAAGAAAUCGAUCCUAAUAAAGUGUCUUUGCUUAAUGAACAAUUUCUCCCAUUCGUCAGACUUUUAGAAAGCAAAUAUCCCCAAACAUUAGAUGUUGUUUUAGAGGAGCGCUUAAAGGAAAUUACAGGUCUAAAAAAACAAGAGCUUUUUCACCAAUUUAUUUCACUUUCUACAAGUGGAGGAAAAUACCAGUUUUUAGCAGAUUCUGAUACCUCUUUGAUGCUCAGUCUGAAUCAUCCACUUGCUCCUGUGAGACUUUUGGCCAUUAAUCACCUGAAAAAUAUCAUGAAAACAUCAAAGGAAGGCAUUGAUGAGUCUUUCAUAAAGGAAGCUAUUUUAACCCGAUUAAGUGAUGAAAAUAUAGAAGUUGUUUUGUCAGCUGUUGGUGCUUUUGAGAUUUUCCAGCAACACUUUAGUACAGAAGUGACUGUUUCAAAUCUUCUGAAUCUCUUUCGAAGAGCAGAACUUUCAAAGAAUAAGGAAUGGUACAAGGUCCUUCAAAUAGCAGCAGACAUAUUAAUUAAAGAAGAGAUACUGAGUGAAAGUGAUCAGUUGUCAAAUCAGAUCAUUGUACAUUUGCUACCUUUUAUGGUCAUCACUAAUGGUGAUCUGGAAUCUGUUGAGAUGAAAAUUGCUGUAUAUUUAUCAAAAUCAGGAAUUUGUUCCCUGCAUCCUCUAUUAAGAGGCUGGAAAGAAGCUCUUGAAAAUGUGGUCGAAAGUACAAAGUCAGAAAAACUAAUUGGUGUAGCAAAUGAAAAGAUGAUUCGCUUGUUGGCUGGCAAUAUAAAUUCAGGAGAUCCUUCGUCAAUGCUAAAGAUGGUGGACGAUUUAAUAAGUGUUGGUGAAAAGGAAUCCCUUAACCUGAAGCAGAAAGUGACAUUUCACGUAAUUGUGUCUGUGCUUGUCUCUUGCUGUUCAUCUUUAAAAGAAACUCACUUUCCAUUUGCAAUAAGAGUCUUCAGCUUAUUACAGAAAAAAAUGAAGAAGCUGGAACGUGUGAUAACGGCAUUGGAAAUCUCCUCGGAAUGGUACCCAGAGCUGAUGUUGGACAGAGGUUUACCAGAGGAGCUGUGGGCUCAUUAUGUAGAGCAGUUCCACAGCUCCCAUGGAGUUGCCAUGGAGGAUUCAGUGUUACUUUUGUUUUUCCUGAAGAAUUUUAUUUACGCACUAAAGGCUCCUAAAUCUUUUCCUAAAGAUGACAUAUGGUGGAAUCCUGAACAACUGGAAGAGGACAGCAGGCACUACCUGUGUUUGCUCAUUGGGCUCUUUGAGAUGAUCCUAGAGCGUGCUGAUGCUGUUCAUUUCAGGGUUCUGAUGAAACUUCUCAUAAAGGUACAACUAGAAGAUGUUUUGCAGUUAUUCAAGUUCUUUUCUAUUUUAUGGACCUAUGGUUUUAGCCUUUCAAAUCCACUUAACUGCAGUGUGAAGUCUACACUUCAGACCCAGGCACUUUACGUGGGCUGUGCGAUGCUCUCUUCUCAGAAGACACAGUGUAAACAGCAGCUGGCGUCCAUGUCAUCUCCAGUGGUGGCGUCACUAAUCAUUAAUCUGGGAAGCCCCAUAAAAGAAGUCCGUAGGGCUGCCAUUCAGUGUCUUCAGGCCCUUAGUGGAGUGGCAUCACAGUUUCAUCUGGUGAUACAUCAUCUGGUUCCCAAAGCAGAGGAGAUUACCUCUGAUGCCACCUAUGUCAUUCAGGAUUUAGCUGCUUUAUUUGAGGAACUAGAGAGAGAAAAGAAACAGAAAUCUCAUCAGAAGUUGUCUGAAACUUUGAAAAACCUACUUUAUUGUGCGUAUGGUUGCCCAGCUUAUGUAGCAAAAGAGCUGAUGAAAGUGUUUCGGGACGUCAACAGUGAGAUGGUGCUAUCUCAGCUGUUGCCUCUGGUGGAACAACUACUAGGAAAGAUGGAAAAAGAGCACACAGCUGUCCUGAAAGAUGAGGCCAUUGUUUUGCAUCUUGCUCUGGGAAAAUAUAAUGAAUAUUCAGCUUCUCUUUUACACAAGGAUCCAAAGAGUCUAGAUAUGUUUAUAAAGGCCAUACACACAGCAAAGGAACUUAGCACAGGAACGCCAACCAUUCAGAUCACUGCCCUCGAAAAGAUCACAAAGCCAUUUUUUGCAGCUAUAGCAGAUGAGAAGAUUCAGCAGAGAAUUCUGUCCAUGUUAUUUGAUUUACUGGUAAACUGUAAAAAUGCACAUUGCACUCAGACUGUUGGCAGUGUUUUUAAAGGGAUUUCUGUUAAUGCUGAACAAGUCAGAAUAGAACUGGAACCACCAGAUAAAACUAAAUCUUUGGGCACAGUUCAGCAAACAAGAAGACAAAAAAUGCAGCAGAAAAAAUCUCAGGAUCUAGAAUCUGUUCAGGAAGUUGGAAGUUCUUACUGGCAGCGAGUAACACUCAUCUUGGAAUUACUGCAACACAAGAAGAAGCUCAAAAACCCUCAGCUGUUGAUACCAACUCUUUUUAACUUGCUGUCGAGGUGCCUAGAACCUUUGCUGCCAGAGCAGGGGAGCAUGGAAUACACCAAACAAUUAAUUCUUAGUUGUCUGCUCAAUAUUUGCCAAAAACUCUCUCCAGAUGGUGGCAGAGUACCUAAAGAUAUUGUAGAUGAGGAGAAGUUCAAUGUGGAAUUGAUUGUUCAGUGCAUUCGCCUUUCAGAGAUGCCUCAAACUCAUCACCAUGCCCUUUUACUUUUGGGUACAGUUGCUGGAAUAUUUCCGGAUAAAGUUUUACACAAUAUCAUGUCUAUUUUUACAUUUAUGGGUGCCAAUGUCAUGCGCCUAGAUGAUACUUACAGUUUUCAAGUUAUUAAUAAAACAGUGAAAAUGGUUAUUCCAGCCCUUAUUCAGUCUGAUACGGGAGACUCUGUAGAAGUCACAAGAAAUGUGGAAGAAAUAGUGGUGAAAAUCAUCAGCGUGUUUGUGGAUGCACUGCCACAUGUUCCUGAGCACAGGCGCCUGCCUAUCCUUGUUCAACUCAUCGAUACGCUAGGCGUAGAAAAGUUCCUCUGGGUUCUCCUUGUUUUACUCUUUGAACAGUAUGUCACUAAAACAGUGCUGGUGGCUGCCUAUGGAGAAAAGGAUGCUAUUUUAGAGGCAGAUACUGAAUUCUGGAUUUCUGUCUGUUGUGAAUUUAGUGUCCAGCAUCAGAUUCAAAGCUUAAUGGAUAUCCUCCAGUAUUUAGUAAAGAUGCCUGAGGAUAAAGAAGAAACUCUUGCCAAGGCAGUAUCAAAGAAGUGUGAGUCGCAAGAAGAGAUGCUCCAGAUCUUUAACGUGGACACUCACACAAGCAAGCAACUGAGACACUUUAAAUUUUUGUCAGUGUCCUUCAUGGCCCAGCUCCUGGCUUCCAAUAAUUUUCUCAAAAAGGUGGUUGAAAGUGGUGGUCCUCAGAUUUUGAAUGGCCUUGAACAGAGGUUGCUCGAGACCGUUCUUGGCUAUAUCAACACUGUGGCACAGUCCAUGGAAAAAAACGCAGACAAACUCACUGUGAAGUUCUGGCGAGCACUCCUUAGCAAAACUUAUGAUUUAUUAGAUAAGGUCAAUGCCUUGCUGCCCACAGAGACAUUCAUUGCCGUGGUUAGAGGUCUGGUGACCAAUCCCCUACCAUCUGUACGCCGGAAAGCACUGGAUCUUUUGAAUAACAAGCUGCAGCAUAGCACAUCCUGGAAAAGGAAAACUGUGUACCGUUUCCUAAAACUGAUUCCAGUCCUUCUGGUCAUUGUGCAACAUAAGAAAAAGGAGGCAGAAGAAGAACAAGCAAUUAACAGACAGACAGCUUUGUAUACCCUAAAGCUUUUGUGCAAGAACUUUGGUGCAGAAAACCCAGAGCCUUUUGUGCCAGUGUUGAAUGCUGCAGUGGAACUGAUUGCUCCAGAAAGAAAGGAAGAGAAGAAUGUCCUGGGCAGUGCCCUGCUGUGCAUAGCAGAGGUGGCCUCCACCCUGGAGGCACUGGCCAUCCCCCAGCUUCCCAGACUGAUGCCAUCCUUGCUGGUAGCUGUGAAGAGCACUGGCGAGCUGGUCCACAGUGAGGUCUCUUUGCUCAGUGCCCUGGCUGCCCUGCACAAGGUCGUCGAGACCCUCCCACAUUUCAUCAGCCCCUACCUGGAAGGAGUUCUGUCCCAGGUGAUUCAUUUGGAGAAAAUCACCAGUGAAAUGGGCUCUGCGUCACAGGCUAACAUCCGUCUCACAUCUCUUAAAAAGACACUGGCCACCAAGCUCUCCCCCCGAGUCCUGCUGCCAGCCAUUGGCAAGACUUACAAGCAGAUAAAGAAGAACUGGAAGAAUCACAUGAGCCCAUUCAUGGGCAUCUUGCAAGAGCACAUCGGGGUGAUGAAAAAAGAGGAGCUCACCUCUUAUCAGUCUCAGCUGACGACCUUUUUCCUAGAGGCCUUGGACUUCCGGGCACAGCACUCAGAGGAGGACUUGGAGGAAAUUGGGAAGACAGAAAGUUGUAUCAUUGACUGCCUGGUGGCUAUGGUUGUGAAACUGUCUGAGGUCACCUUCAGACCACUGUUCUUCAAGCUGUUUGAUUGGGCCAAAACAGAAGGUGCCCCAAAGGACAGGCUGUUGACAUUUUACAACCUGGCCGACCGAACUGCAGAGAAACUGAAGGGGCUGUUCACUCUUUUUGCCGGCCACUUGGUGAAGCCUUUUGCUGACACCUUGAACCAGGUGAACAUCUCUAAAACAGAUGAAGCAUUUUUUGACUCUGAACAGGACCCUGAGAAGUGCUGCCUACUUUUACAGUUUAUUCUGAACUGUUUAUAUAAGAUUUUCCUCUUUGAUACCCAGCACUUUCUGAGUAAAGAGCGAGCAGAAGCCCUCAUGAUGCCGUUAGUGGAUCAGCUGGAAAACAGGCUUGGAGGAGAAGAGGAGUUCCAGCAGCGGGUGACACAGCACCUGAUACCCUGCAUCGCACAGUUCUCAGUGGCCAUGGCAGACGAUUCUCUGUGGAAACCAUUGAACUACCAGAUUCUGCUGAAGACCAGAGACUCCUCGCCAAAGGUGCGGUUUGCAACCUUGAUUACUGUGUUGGCACUGGCUGAGAAACUAAAGGAGAAUUAUAUUGUCCUCCUCCCUGAAUCCAUUCCUUUCUUAGCAGAACUGAUGGAAGAUGAGUGUGAAGAAGUGGAACACCAGUGCCAAAAGACCAUUCAACAGCUGGAGGUCACACUAGGGGAGCCACUCCAGAGCUACUUCUGAAACUUCUUUGGAAGGCCAAACUCCGUUGAGAGUUCAAAUUUACUUUUCCUUUUUUUAUUUUGGGGUGUCUGGUGCCAUGUUACUUUUGGUGCCUUUACACCUGCUAGGACUAUAUUUAAUGACUGCUUUACACAGGAUCCCUGUAAGCCUCUUCUGCCAUCUGUACAGAGUUGCUGAAGAGUAAAUAAGAACAUGGUGUCUGUAUAGACUGUGUUUGCUAAGCAUUUGUCUUCGUCUUUUCUGAAUGAUGUUAUCAGUGGGCCACAUUUCCUUUUGGUUAUUAUCCCAGAGGUACUUGUAUGAAAAAGUAAGUAUUGCUACAUUCUUUCAAGGUUUUGAAGUUCUCUAAUCUCUGGUGAAGCUAGAUUUUUCUGGUGAAGCUAGACUUGAGGAAUCAAAUAAAAUUAAAUCAAUGUUCCUUCAUUUUUAAGGCAUUGGAGAACUACCUUAUGUGUCACAGUUCAGAUGUAAAAUGUCCCCCAAACGUCUUGGGUUUGGAGGGUGAUUGAUCACGGGGUGCUAUACUCCUCAGUAAUCCAUCCACUUAAGAGUUCAAAGCUGAAUGUGCAGGAGGUGGGGUGUAGAAUCACUGGGGAGUGUUACCUGGAAGAGUUCCCCAUUUCUCCUUCUGCUUCCUGGACCCAUGAGGUGAGCAGCUUUUCUCUGGCAUGCUGUUUCUGCUUGAAGCCAGCCAACGAUGGACUAAAAUAGCCAAAAUAAACCUCUCCUCCUUUUUAAGUUGUGGGUGUUGGGUGUUUUGUCCCAAGAAAGUGUGACUAAGACACCACAAAAUGUUCACAAUGAGUCGCUUUUGAUCUCAUUUAAUA